UGAGUUUACAGUCUUCCUUAAUGUCACAACGUUACCCUGAAUUGUUUAUCGUGUCUGUAAAAACGUUAAAGCAAAAUCCUGCUCCUGUCUAAAUUGUUAGUGAUUCGCAGAAAAAUGCUCCCCUGGCAUUUGCAUCUUGGUUCAAUCCGAUCCGCAUCUCCUCAGAGCUCUGAUUCCAGCUUGCGGUAAUACGCGCGCGACGUUUGUGUGUCUCGGGAGUACCGACCAAAGCAGGAUAAAAUCGCAACGCAAGAUAAAUGACUCUCUGGAUUAAAAUAACAGGCGUUGAAAAAUGAGGGGGCCAAUACCCAUGAACAGAAAAUCUUGAGUCAAGUCAAGAAGAAACAAGUUUGAGUUUGUGUGCGUGUGUGUGUCUGUGAAUGAACAUCCAUCGGGCAUGUCUAUACCUGCCAAACACGAGAGGACAGUGUGUGUCCUCCUUCCCACCAAAGAGACAUUAGACAUCAAAGUGGGGCUGAAAGCAACAGGUCAAGAUGUGUUUCAUCGUUUAUGUGAAAUCCUCGGGGUCCGAGAGCUCCACUACUUUGGAUUGACUCUAGUCAAAAACAAUGAACACAUCUUUCUGGACUUGGAAGAGAAACUCACCAACUACUUCCCCAAGGAGUGGAAACAGGACUCAGGGAAGGGGUCACUGAAGAGGCCAGUACCACCUCUGCUCUGUCUGAAGGUUCAGUACUAUGUGGAGAAUGGCAGACUUAUCUGCGAACGGAAAGCGAGGAAACUCUACUACUACGACCUACGUGAACGUGUCUUGCGCUCAGAAUGCAGACAGCAGGAGGAAGUGUACUUUCAGCUGGCGGGAUACGCCCUACAGGCCAAUCUCUAUGACCAUAUCUCAGAGGGCCCCAAUCCCGGAUGCUCUGCGUAUUUCCAACCCAAAGAAUACUUCCCUCCUUGGAUAAUUGCCAAGCGCGGCAUUGACUACCUGCUGCGUCACGGCCCCAAGGUUCAUAAAGAACUGUGGGGGAUGUCUUCUCGUGACGCUAUCUUGCUGUUUAUCAGAGAAUCCUGCCGCCUGGAGGAUGUCCCAGUCACCUUUUAUCGCCUACAGAAGGACAAGAGAGAAGAAACGGGUUCAGCUCUUCUUGGACUCACCCUUCGAGGAAUGCAGGUGUAUCAGGAGCUGAACAAUGUACGUGACCUGCUCUAUGACUUUCCCUGGUUUCAUGUGGGACGACUCACAUUUCUGGGGAAGAGGUUCGAGAUCCAACCAGAUGGUUUGCCCUCUGCAAGGAAGCUGGUGUACUACACAGGUUCUGCCUUUCGCUCUCGUCACCUUUUGCUACACUUGAGUUCUUGCCACCGGUUGUAUCUCAGCCUGCAACCUGCUCUCAAACACCUGCGGCAGCUGGAGGAGACGGAGGAGAAGAAGAGGUAUCGUGAGUCAUACAUCAGUGAUGAACUGGACCUGGAUCAGCCCUGCAGCGAGGGCAGUCCUCACCUGUCUCGACACUCUACCAGCAGCUCCGGGAUUGAGGCGGACAGCAGGCAACACAGCGUCUCCGUGGAAAUGGUCUCUAUGGAGGAGAAAGAGAAGUCCUUUGUCUCUGCUAUCAUUCACAGCUCCUUACACACCUCCAGCGUUGACAUGAGCAGCAAAGGCAGGGCCGAUGAAGAGGAUGGAAGGAGAUGGCAGGAGGAAGAUUUACAGGAAAUGGCGAAGGAGCCUGGGGAGGUUUCUGUGGACGACCCUGAGGAUAUCCUGCGAUUGGCUGAGCUACUGGAGGGCGUGUCUGUCAACUGUCCCACUGUCCAAUGUCCCACUGUCCAAUCACAGAUUGACUCUAAAGGUCCACAAAAGAAGCGUAACCCAGCUGACCGUUACAGCCUGAGCCUGGACGACAUGCGACUGUUUUCCCCUCUUGUACCGCUGGGAACAUCUUCAGUUCCAGACACUUCUCACAGCUACACAUUUGGCCAGCCACACUUCACAAGUUGUUCUCCGACCAGUCCCUGUCCAGACAAACCUUCAUUCAAUGUCCAGCGCUCCACGAACUGCCUGUCACUGGACCAGCUGGGGGAUAACCAGCCACUGGAGCUCGUCCUUUGAGAAACGGGACAGACUGUUGCUUGUUGAUGGUUUGGACAGCAAAAUGAAGACUGAACCAUACAGUUAAUGUGUUUCAGUUCUAUUCAGCAGCCAGACAACAUGAACAAUUCUGGGUUGUUUAAAGAUUAUAACACGCGUAUAGAAUGAACGAUGAAUUUCUACUUCAUUCUGCGCAACUUUGUGCGUUACUUAAAAAUCGUACAAGGACCAGGCAUUAUUACUCCAUCACUAUCUGACGUCCACAGUUAGCUUAAAAAAACUCUUCUUUUAAAAAUGAGUUUGUUUUUUGUAUGUCUGGCUAUGAGCUCAACAUAUGACAGGACAUUUGAGUCUCACUGGAUGGUCUAAGAAUCUCAAUCACGCUUUUUUUAACUACAUAAUAAGUACAGACAGUUUGAAAGUGUUUGGCCUGAGGUGAAUUCUCACAGAGCUUAUAAUGCAAAUGGUCGAAAUGUUUUUCACAAGCUUUCCUUCAAGUCACUGAAAAGUUCUUUCUGUACUUGUGAAUUCAAUUGCCACAUGUUCACUUAAAGACUUUCAACUUGGAUUUUGUCCAACAUGCUUUUUAAAAGUAUUUUUAUUUCAUGUUGACUUUAGCUCUUACUAUUACACUAGUAAUGUCAAUGUAUGAACUUGCAGCUCAGUCCUUAUCAAUAAUGUGGUGCUUUGGAGUUUUGAUCAUGAUAAUUGUACAAAGACUCUGAGUUUGCAUCACCUGUUAUCCUGUUUUAAUCAAUCACUGUACAAUACUCACGUUCCUGAGAUAAAAAACACACGUAAACCUUCUAAAGCCAGUGAUGGGAGAGAAAAGGGUGAAAAGGUCAAGCCACACGUUUUUCCAUUAACUGUUGGUUUUGUGUUUUGUCAAAUGGGUUCUAUUGUUCAAGCAAUAUUGAACACUAAGUGUCUGUAAUGAAAUGACAACAAAGACUCAGUAAGGAUCAUGUCAGUGUUAGUUUUGGAUAAAUAUUUUAGAUAACGGAGCUCCUUUGAUUUCAAAAACUGCAAAACACGGAUCGGGCCCUUAAGGGGUGUGUACACAAUGUUGCAUUUUUAAUUGCUGCAUUUAUGGAUGGCAAACACAUAUUUUACUAAAAGCAUGCCUGUAUACAUGUUACUUUCAGUGAAAGGAAAAAAAUAUUGAAUAGAAUGAAUAAACAUAACUAAAAUCU